AUGCGCCCUCUCGCCUCCCCUUCAUGCGACCUCUCGCCUCCCCUUCAUGCGCCCUCUCGCCUCCCCUUCAUGCGCCCUCUCGCCUCCCCUUCAUGCGCCCUCUCGCCUCCCCUUCAUGCGCCCUCUCGCCUCCCCUUCAUGCGCCCUCUCGCCUCCCCUUCAUGCGCCCUCUCGCCUCCCCUUCAUGCGCCCUCUCGCCUCCCCGUGCCCGCCAGCCUGCUGCAAGCAGCGGAGGACAAGUGGCGGCAGCAGCAGGAGGCGGUGCGGGUGGCGGUGGCGAACCUGGGGCGGGCGGAGAGGGAGGUGCAGCUGCUGGGGGACGAGGUGGACGCGCUGAGCGACCUCGUGGAGGAGGCUGCUGUGCGCCUCGCGCACCACGCGCCCAUGUUAAGAGGCCUGCCCGGGAUGCUGGAGCUCGUGGAAGCCAUGAGGGCUGCUGCUCUCAGGCGGGCGUGA